UAUAGAGCGGGCAUUACACAUCUUAUACACGAGCGUGUAAUUCUUUAUAAAAUAUUUUAAAGAAGUAUGGCGAUGCCCAGUAUACUUGGAUUUCUUCUAUCAUUAGACACAACAACAAUUUUAAUAGCAACAAUUACCUUGUUGGUAGUUGCAUAUAUAUUCUCAAUGAAAGAAAGAGCCGGCAUCCCCCCAGGACCUCGAUUUUUACCAAUUGUUGGUAAUAUACUCAAUAUGAGAGGCGCGUACGUCGGAAAGCGGUACAAAUAUUUCGAGGAACUAAAAGAAAAGUACGGAGACAUUUUCAGAAUAUAUUUGGGACCAAAAUUAGUGGUAGUGUUAAACUCAUUUCAAACUGUAAACGAAGUGUUUGUUAAGCAAAAGGAAACGUUCGCCGCCAGACCAACAGAGCAACUAUGGGGAAUUAAUCUAGCAACUAAAAAUGGAAGAGGCAUAAUUUGGUCGAAUGGAGAUGAAUGGAAGACAGUCCGGAGAACGUCCCUACAUGCUCUUCGUGAUCUGGGUGUUGGUAAAUCAUCAAUAGAAGAAAAACUCAAAGAAGAAGUAUGUGCACUAUUAGACGCACUAUCUGAUAUAGAAGGAGAACCGGUCUGUGUUCAUAAGUACUUGAUGAAAGCCACAACCAAUAUCAUUUGUGGUAUCGCAUUUGGAACUAGGUUUGACUAUAACAAUACUGAAUUUCUAAAUGUCAUAGCUUUUGUGGACAGUGCUUUUAGAAAUGAAGGAGCUUUCGGACCAAUUCAUGUGUUACCUCUUCUACGAUUCACACCUUUUUUGAUGGGUUAUUACAAACGAUUCCAGAAAAUUCAUGUUGGCGUAGAAGGCUUUAUUCUCCGCAGAAUCAAGGAACACAAAGAAACUUUUAACAAAGAUGAUAUUCGUGAUUUUAUUGAUGCUUGUCUCAGCAACCGAGAAAAAACGGAUUAUUUUGAUGACAACGGUAUGUUGAGAGCCAUAAUAGAUUUAUUUACUGCUGGGUCAGAUACAACAGCCGGUUCAUUGGACUGGGGACUGCUUUAUAUGAUUCUCAAUCCUGAUAUACAAAAGAAAUGCCAAGAGGAGAUUGAUUCUGUCGUUGGUUCAAAUCGUAUGGUCAGUUUAUCCGAUAAAUCAAAGCUGCCCUAUGUCGAAGCUACCAUCCUGGAAGUUCAAAGACUAGGAAAUACAGCACCCGCAUCGCUGCCGCACAUGGCUAAUGAGGAUGCUAUGGUCAACGGAUACCUGAUACCUAAAGGAUCUAUGGUUUAUGCUAAUUUGUACGGCUGUCAUUUAGACUCUAAAUAUUGGGACGAUCCGAAGACCUUCAAGCCUGAAAGAUUCUUGGGUGGGGAUGGUAAAUUGAAAAAGCAACCUUCCUUCGUGCCUUUUUCUGCUGGUUCUAGAAUUUGUCCUGGUGAAUCACUUGCGAGAAUGGAACUCUUUCUGUUCUUCAGUAAUAUUUUACAAAGGUUCACCGUACUGAAAACCGGAUCUGGUGAAUUAAGUACUGAAGGCUAUUUUGGUAUUAGUAUGUCUACUCCGCAGUAUUUUCUUAAACUUAAACGUCGCUAAAUCAACAUCAAAAUAAUCAACACAGCUUAGCAUUAAUUUAAUAUUAAGUGUAUGACUACUUUUUUAGUUUGUGUAGUGGUUGUUUACAUUGUGGUUUAAAGCCUCAACAUCGUACCUUUACAUUAGAAUAGUGCUUAUUGUUAACGUUAUAAAUGUAUGUGAACAAUCUGUCUUGUGUGCCUUUUAUAGUUGAGUACUCUUGCUUAUUAUUGUGUAUAUUUUGUCAUAGAAUAUAUAGUCAAAACAUUGCGUUAGAGAUAUUAUUCUAAAAUUUCCUGGUAUUGUUCAGAUAGCCUUAGAACAGAGAUGGGGGUAGAGUGGUAUUUUCAUAUUGCAGCUUAAUAGGGACGAAAAGGAACGGCCAGAGGACAGCGUCCGACCAGAUACUAUAAGUUUGUGUUUGGGUAACAUAGUUGAGACACUCGUGUUCACAUGGUGUAAUUAUUUCCAUGUUUAUCACAACCUCAAGAACGCAGACCUUAACUCCGAUUAAUUUCAAAUAGGGGGGGGGGUGUCAGUAAGCACGGCGGUACACCUACACUGAGCUAACUGGUGUUAAACACUAUAUUACCUCAACCCGGGACAGAGAUUGACCCAUAUUUUUGAAGAGGAUCGACCCGACCAGGCGCAUUAUGCAAUUAUAUAAAAGAUUUGAUUUCUUUUGCUCGAGAUAUCAAAGUACACUUGAGGUGAGGACUGGAUUUUCACCUCGG